AUGGGGAAGGGGCCCCUCCGCACGAGGCCACGUCGCUCCGCCAGCACCGACCUCCUCCUCAAAACACUCUUCCUUCUCCUGUCCUGUAGGCACGCGCUCUCCCACUGCAAGAUCCUGCGCUGCAACUCCGCCUAUGUGGCCUCCACGCUCAACCUGCAGGGCCCGCACAGGAGCGCGGCCUACUGCGACGUCCUGCGCGCCUACUCGCGCUGCACCCGCCGGACGGCCCGCACCUGCCGCGGGGACCUGGCCUACCACUCCGCCGUCCACGGCAUCGAGGACCUCAUGAUCCAGAACAACUGCUCCCGGGAGGGGCCCACCGCGCCGCCACAGCCCCCCGUGCCCGCCCCGAACCGCCAGGGCACCGCGUCCCUGGACACCUGCGACUACGAGAAGAGCUUCUCCCGCAGGCACGGCCGGCCGCCCACCUACCAGCACUGCGCCACGUUCGGGGACCCGCACGUGAGGACCUUCAGCGACGAGUUCUACACCUGCGGCGUGGAGGGCGCCUGGCCACUUCUGGACAACACCUACCUCUUCGCCCAGGCCACAAGUCAGCCCGUGGCGAAAGGCUCCAGGGCUACGGUCACCAGCCAGCUCACCAUCAUCUUUAAGAACAUGGAGGACUGCAUCGACCAGAAGGUCUACCGGGCCGCGGUGGACAGUCUGCCGGCGGCGUUCGAGGACGGCUCGGUCAACGGCGGGGAGCGCGCCGGGGGCAGCAGCCUGAGCAUCCGCGAGCGCACGCCCGGGCAGCACGUGGAGAUCCGGGCCGCCUACAUCGGCGCCACCAUCGCGGUGCGCCAGGCGGGGCCGCAGCUGUCCUUCGCCAUCCGCGCGGCGCGGGACGUGGUCCGCUCCUUCACGGAGGAGCAGGACCUGCAGCUGUGCGUGGGGGGCUGCCCGCCCAGCCAGCGCCUCCCGCGCGAGGGCUGCUGCUGCCGCGACGGCGGCGCCGGCGCCGCGGCGGAGCGCGCCCGGCGGCUGUGCAAGGAGGCGCUGCCCGUGGAGGACGCCUACUUCCAGGCGUGCGUCUUCGACGUGGCCACCUCCGGGGACGCCAACUUCACGCUGGCCGCGCGCGGCGCGCUGGAGGACGCCCGCGCCUUCCACCCGGACGCCGCGAAGCUGCACGUCUUCCCGAGGAGCGCCGCCCGGCCCGCCGCGCCCGGCCCGCCGCCGCCCCCGCUCCCGCUGCUGCUCGCCGCCGCCUGCGCGGCGCUCCAGAGGCCGCUGUGA